AUGCCUCGCCAGGCCGCCCCGCGGUUGGUGGUGGGAGAAGGUAGCGGGUCCCAGGGGGCUUCGGGGGCUGCAGCCACCAUGCUCCGCUCCCUGCUGCUUCACUCCCUGAGGCUCUGCGCCCAGACGGCCUCGUGCCUCGUGCUCUUCCCGCGCUUCCUCGGCACGGCCUUCAUGCUCUGGCUCCUCGACUUCCUGUGCAUCCGCAAGCAUUUCCUGGGCCGCCGCCGCCGGGGUCAGCCCGAACCCGCAGUGGAGCUCGACAGUGAUGGCGAGGAGGUGCCCCCGGACGACCCGCCUGUCUGCGUGUCCGAUGACAACCGGCUGUGCACCCUGGCGUCGCUGAAGGCCGUGUGGCACGGCCAGAAGUUGGAUUUCUUCAAGCAGGCGCAUGAGGGCGGUCCAGCUCCCAACUCCGAGGUGGUCCUGCCCAAUGGCUUCCAGAACCAGCACAUCCUUGACUACGCGAGAGGGAACCGCCCGCUAGUUCUCAAUUUCGGCAGCUGCACCUGACCACCGUUCAUGGCGCGCAUGAGCGCCUUCCACCGCCUGGUCACCAAGUACCAGCGCGACGUCGACUUCCUCAUCAUCUACAUCGAGGAAGCUCACCCUUCGGACGGCUGGGUCACCACAGACUCCCCGUACAGCAUCCCGCAGCACCGAAGCCUGGAGGACCGGGUCAGCGCGGCACAGGUACUGCAGCAAGGAGCGCCCAGCUGCUCUCUUGUCCUCGACACCAUGGCCAACUCCAGCAGCUCGGCCUAUGGGGCCUACUUCGAGCGCCUCUACGUGAUCCAGAAUGGCACCAUUAUGUACCAGGGCGGCCGAGGCCCCGACGGCUACCAGGUGUCUGAGCUGCGCACCUGGCUGGAGCACUAUGAUGAGCAGCUGCACGGCGCUCAGCCGCGUCGAGUGUAAACAAUCAGUGGACAGUUGACUGAACUUGGCCGGCGAUGUCUUCGAGCCUUCGAAGCCCACGUGCAAAUGCCCCCCAAACAAGUCAGGUUUGCGGAGGGCCCAAUGACACGGCUGUGCUGAGCCGGGAUCGCCGGCUGAGUCUGUGCCCUCAGCCAAGCCACCUGAAAAUUCUCCCUCCCCUCCCUGGACUCUGUUGCUGUGACUGUCCCUCACCUGUACCUGCCUGGCUGGCUCGAAAUCCCUUUCUGAGUGUGGAUGCGAUGCCACCCUUGCCUGGGUCCUCCCCUCCCCCCACUUGUGCCCGCAGAGGCCCCUGCCUCUCUCACACCCCCCUCCCCAGAGAGAAGAGCCAGUGUGCCUUCAGCCAGGCGCAGAGAGACUUUGGCCGCGCCCGCGCACCCUGAGCGCAGCUGGGUUCCAGCAGCGCCUGCCGCUCGCCCUAGUUGCCUGGCACCCACACCUGUCGUUCGCAGGGAGGGGAUGCCCUGCUGCUUUUGUGUCUAUUUCUUGUCCCUGAGUUGGGGGUGGGGGCUUGGGAUGGGGAAGGG